AUGCUGAUGACAAGGGCAUCGUUAUGUGGCAUGUCGACGCCGAUCAGAUCUUUCUUUUGGAAGCCGAUUAUAGGAUCGUCUUCUGCUGGUGGAAGGUCAGUCGAGACUUGGGAGAUCAUAGUGGCCUGUUUGAUCUUCCUCUUCUUUUCCUUGCUGGUCAGUCCUGACUCCUUGGCGUCGGCUAGGAUUGUGUUAAUCCUUAUGACCUUCUGGGUGGUUCCUUGGCGGUGUCUCGAUCUUCAAUCCGCUGGAUGGCCUGCUUCGCGAUGA